CGGGGCUCGGCAGACCAUGGCCUUGGGUCACCUGGACGCAGGUGCCCAAGGACCGCGGCUCGGGGCGCUGAGCGUGGCGCGAAGCCGGGAACCACGCCUCCGACCCUUGGGGGCCGCUAAAAUCUCGGGCUUCUGGCCGGGUCUAGGGGCUUUGCCCCGGUGCAGCUAGCGGGACGCUAACUUCGCUUUUCGCCCGGGAUUUCGCAGCACAAGCAGCACGGAGGUUGUGUAACUGCCGGGGCCGAGGGUAUAGUGUGUGUGUGUGUGUGUGUGUGUGUGUUUGUGUGUUUGUGUGUCUCGGCGCGCCGAUGAGGACGACACCGGGGCGGGGCAGGGGGCUUUGGAUUUGUUCCCUCCAACUCCAUCAACUUCUUCCUUCCGACUCCAGCAGGCAGAGCCGCCUCACAUCCUUCCCGGGAUCCCACCCCGGAACGCCCUGGCCACUCGGACCUCUGCAAUCGCGUGUGGGCUGGCUGCCUUUUCCCUGGCCGUCCGCACCCUGCCUCGAUUUUUGUUACUAUUCCUUGCUUGUCAUUCUGAACUAGUAUGAAAAGCCCCGUCCGAAAUUACUGGCCUCACCAGUGCCCGGGUCAGCGUGUUCAGAUGCUGUUUUCCCAGGGGUUCCGUGAGCCUGCUCUAGCCGGCCCUCUUCCCCUUGGGAGCAUCUAGGUCAGGUGCCCCGGUUGAUUCUCUUUUUCUUGGCUAAUGCGUGCAAUCGCAGCUCUUUUGCCCGCGGUGCGUUUCUCUGCUGCCUGUUCCCCGACCUUUCAGGAGCGUCCUUCCACAGUGAUCCAUCUGCAUCCGCAGCUGUCUUUGCUUUUGUGCAUUUGAACAUGUUGUUAGGUUGCCCAUCUGCUCCUGAUUCUUCCAUUGUGGUUAUCGCUGGGGAUUAACUUAUUCUGAACAUUAAAAAUGCAAUCCAGUUUUGAAGAGUAAGUCAAAGGUGGCUGAGAACUAAAUCCAGUGACCAGUCUUAAAGUGUGCGUUGCACGGUCCCUGCUGAACUUGGAUACUCUGAACCAACACCAAUCACGGUGGGAAAUACCCAUGUAUUUUCCUUUAGGUUACUGAUGCCAGAAACUAUUUAGUGCCUAGAAAAUUCGAGAAAAAAAAUUUUUCCCUUUACCUCUCAAAAGUGACAAAAAUGAAAAUGCUGAAUGAUUUUGCGCAGAAAAUAUUCAGUACCAGUCUCACCACGGGAGCUUUUAAAGACUAGAGCCCUGACCGAAAGGUGUGAGUGAACUGUGAUAUUUCAUCUAGACUGUGGAGCUCUACAAAAAUUAGGUUUAUUUUCUUUAAACACUAAAGACCUUUCUGUUUACUCAGCAGAUAUUUUUAUCCUGCACCUGUCACAUUCUGGGACUGUUGGACCACAGUUAACAACACACACAAAUCCUGUCCUCAGAAAGCUUGCAUUUUUAACUUAACAGACUGUCUUUGUUGGACAUCUGUUAAUGGUUUACAUUCAGAGAUCUCAGGUAUGUGACAUAAAAAUGCUCCCUCUGACGAGCGUUUUUAUUCAGAACCUGAUCGUCAUACAUGUAUGACCACAUUUAAGACCUAUUUAAGAAUUAGGAAAGGACAUUCUCAAUGUAGUUGUUAAAAAAAGACAAGUUCUUCAGAUUACUGAAAAGUGACACUAGAAAAAAAAGGAGAGCUGCUUUUUCCAAGGGGGGAAAAGUGUUUAGAUGUUAAAUAUUUCAGGUAUUUCGGGGCAAAGAUAGUGGAGGGAGGAGCAUGAGCUUAACUUAAAGAAGUUUUGUGAAAACACAAAAUCCAUCAAAACCAGCGGUUCUUAACUUUUCUCUGGGAGACAGAUCCUUUUAAGAAGCUGAUCAAAGCUGUGGACUGUCUCUGCUUCAAAAAUGCAUCCAUGUGAUGUGGAGUCAGGUGCCACAGCGUAAGUCCUGAGACACACAUGUUGUUAGGUGCUCUUUAUCAAUGUGUGAACAUCCUACAGCCUACUUAGACUAAGGGGGCUAUGAUGUCACUAGCCCAUGUAAACCAUCAUGGUACAUGUGGUCUGUCGUUGAUGGAAACAUCAUGUAGUGUGUGCUUGUAUGUAUUAAUAUAUACUGUGUGUGUGUAUGCAUUUUACUAUCAUUUCAAGAGAGUCAGUUUUCCUGAAGACCAAUCUCUGGACCCCCCAAUGACCUCAGAUUAAGAACACCUACUGUCAUCUGGUCUUCAUUACAAAGUCGGCUUUUUGAAGUUAAAUAUAGGCAACAUAAUACUUCACUAUAAAAUAUGCCCAUUUAUGUUUAUGAAAAGGAGUAUUCAGUUUUGAAUAAACUGUUAAUAUUACAGAUCCUGUUGCAUUGUCCUUUAUGGCAUAGAAUAGCUUAUGUGUAAGGAUUCGCUCUCAUUUUUUGGUGGAUCUUACACCCGAUGACACGAUUCUGCAUGCGUGGAACUGUUGAGACAGGAGAGCAAACACAACCUCAGGAAUUGAUGCGAAUAGGGAAGAGAGUAUUUUGUCUAAAAUGCAUCCAUGUCAGCAGCUGAGAGGCAGUUAUGGGACUUCAUGACAUUCUUUGUGUUUGGAGAUGAAACAAAGCUAUUAAGUGGGAGCAUUUGAAUAAAUUAUUAGUUUUAUCGUUACUGUCACUAGGGCACUGGGCCUAAAAAGAUGAUAAAUGUUAGCGUUUAAGUUUCAGUGUAGUCUCUUUAAUUCUAGCUUUGGAAUGUAAUCACAGCUCCAUGGAAAUAUAAGCAUUACCUAAAUUUCUAAUUAAUUUAAAAAUAUUUUGGUGCAGGGCAUGGGUAUAUAGGAAGAUCUUUCCAUCGAGUGACGCUUACUCAUAGAUAAUACUUUGGAUGAGGGGGUGUGUGAACAGUUAAAAGAGUUCUAGCAAAAACUUGGAAAAUGUAUUUACUCAGUGCUUUUUAGUGAAGGCAUGCUAGAGUUCAAUUCAGUUUUCUUUUAUUUCCAAAUGAUCUUAUACUUACUUAGUCUCUAACAAACUAUCUAGGAGUAAGGGAAAAUUAGGAAGGAAAGAUCAAAGGAGAAAGGGCCAGGAUAUAAAUGUGAGGUUAUAUGUUUAUGCAUUAUGUCUAGAUGAUGAAAGAUUUUUGUCUAGAGUGCAAGGAUGGCUGUACGUAUGUGUAGGUGAUACCAUAAUUAGCUUCAAAAUCUUUGUCGUUUUGGUAACAGUGAAGGAAGUGUUAAUAAGACAAAGUUUUGAAUGUUAAGGUCUGACUAUGUAACAAACAGUGUAUUAUGGAAAUAGUACUAACAUUUUCAUGAAAGCAGCCUCCUAAGGCCUCCUACUUGUUCAGCGGGCAGUGCUCUUUGAUCGCAUGGUUCCUCCUCCAUGAGGAAUGUGAGUCAAUGUGACUGUUUCUAAAGUGCCUACUUGAGUUCUCUGGGAUAGAAAAUGUAGCAUUUCUAUGUGUAUGGCAUAAUAUAUAGUGAAAAUCUGGAGAACAUGUGUGAUUUAAAGGUUGGCAAAUGGAUAUUAAAGCUGUCUUGAGUAGUGAUCGGUAAGAAUAUAUAUAAUUCAAAAUACACCCUCCCCUCCCAUGGUAGAUAAUACUAAUACUCAGAGUUGAGGUCAGCAUGAAAUUUGGCCGUGACAUGCAACUUUAUUACAGUGUUUCUCUCUCUCUCUCUCUCUCUUUCUCUCCCUUCCCCGUGUGUGUGUGUGUGUGUGUGUGUGUGUGUGUGUAAUGGGGCAGCAGAAAACCUAAUUUGGGGGUAGCAGCACUAUUUCCCUUUCCUUCUGAAUGCAGUGUCUACGUGGCUUCUGUCAAAGUUUUUGAUAGUGUGUUUCUGAUAUGUUCCAAGCAGGUGUUAAAGUGUCAGUAACUAAAGAAAUAUGUAAGAUGCAUUUUAGAAAUUAUUUGAAAAUCUGAAAAUGCCAAGCAUGGAAAAAGAUCAAAGAACUCUUAUCAAAUAAGGUCAUACACCACGUAUUCAAAAUUGGUUUCAAUUGCCACUUUCAACCACAUUAAAAUAGUUGAAAGUAUUGAGAUCUUGACAUGGUUACCCUGUUUUGAAGGAAAGUGAAGUACAUUAAAAGUAUACAGUGUGCAUAUGGGAUAUUCAUUCUAGAAACUGAUAAUUUACAGGUAAGACGUGAGGAAGCUAGUGGGUCAGGCACCCUUUUUUAGGAAUUCCUUCAGUCUCUCCUCUGAAGAGAAGAGGAUUUUCAUGAGUGGCCUUUUGUGGGAAGGGAGGUGACAUCCAGUGACUUCAUUGGGAGUUUGGUUUGUGCUGGAAAGUUGUAGAACAGCAGUCAUUUGUUCAGCCGGAACUGGCUUUGACUGCUUCCCUUACAAAGUUACAACCAAGUGUUAGCCGGCAUUCUGGGAGUCAGGAAGAACAGAACUGGCUGGGAGGUUUAACCUCCAUAAGUAACAGAAUACUUCUACUGGGAGGUGUUCGUUGCCCUGCAUUUGGAUGUGCAACUGAUCUAAAGUAUCUUUAAGCAGUCAGGGUUUGAACCAAGGAGUGGGAAAUUUAGUUCUGUACACAGUAGGCCCCAGGCGCGGGUGGAUUCUGGAGAAUGUCACUGUGUGAGUGGAAAGUACGGGAUCGCUGACACACUGACUAACGUUGCAAGGUAUGGGAACGCAAAUACAGCGGCACAAUAGGAAUCAUGGUUUUGACACAGGCUCUGGUUUGUGGUUUUGGGCCUCAGUUUCUUUACAUUAAAAGAGAGGCUUAAACUAAGCCUGUUCUUUCAGAAAAACCCCAUUUAACACAUGUCCUUGUCUACACAGUCAAAUCAUUGGAUUUGUUGGUGGCCAAAUAGCUAGGUGGGGAUGAAGGCCACUAAUUUUUAGUAAUUUUUCUCUUCCAUGAAUUCCCAAUAGUAUCUCUGCAGAUACAGAAUUGCAUAUUUAUAAAAGCCAUAAGGGCUCUUAAGGUUCAUGUCGCUUAACUCCCUUCUUUCCUGGGGAUGACAGCUGAGGCUGGAGGAGUCGCCUCCAGGUUCAUAGUACAUGGUGGGCAUCUCCUGUCUUUGCAGAUGUAAACAGCACCUUUUACAACUUUUUGAAUUUAAUCCACAACUUGAUGCACAGUAUUGGGAUUGCAUUCUGUGUCAUAAAACCUCUGAAAAUGCCAGCCGUAACACAGAAAUCCAGUUAUGGUUCUCUAAGAUUGCACUUCAACGUAGAAUGUCAGCUUGGAGAAACCUUAAAGGUCAUUUCAGUUGACUUUAAGGUCAACUGAAAAAAAGACGAAAAGGAAAGGGGCGGCGGGGUGGCUGACCGGGACAUAGACGAAUAGACGUGCUGAAGCGGUGGAAUGUUUUAUGCAGGCGGAGACCCCACAGUCUGGGAGGCACUUUCGGGCUCUGUUUAAAAACACAGCUAACACCAGCUGGGAGCUCUCUUGAGAUGACACAAGGACUCCGUCAUGUUAGCAUCUUCUCCCCCCAGUCCUCCCACACCUUGCAAGGGUUCGUCGGCGUUGAGCUUGCACAGCCCACAGCGAGGCCGCUCUCCCCAGGGCCCGCUGAACCAGCUCGCUUGGCGCGAGGCGGAGAGCAGGGGCUGCAGCCGGCCGACGCAGUUUCCUCCUCUCCGGGCCGGGGUAGGGAGUGGCUCUCCCGGGACUUGGAGUGUUGCUGGUGCCCCCGGCACUGGUGUUCGCAGGUUUCCAGCGCCGGGUUUCCCUGCAGGCGGUGUCGGAGUUGCAGAGGAUGGCCGGGGCCGGCGGCCAGCACCACCCUCCGGGCGCCGCGGGAGGAGCAGCCGCCGCGGCCAGCGCCGCGGUCACCCCGGCCGCUGCGUCGGCGGCGCCGGGAGAGGACUCGUCCGACAGCGAAGCGGAGCAGGAAGGACCUCAGAAACUGAUUCGCAAAGUGUCCACUUCGGGGCAGCUCCGCACCAAGACGAGUAUUAAAGAGGGACAACUACUGAAGCAGACCAGUUCUUUCCAAAGGUGGAAAAAACGAUACUUCAAACUCCGAGGCCGCACGCUUUAUUACGCAAAGGACUCGAAGUCUCUCAUAUUUGAUGAAGUUGACCUCUCCGAUGCCAGCGUGGCUGAAGCAAGCACAAAAAAUGCCAACAACAGCUUCACGAUAAUCACUCCCUUUCGAAGGCUAAUGCUUUGUGCUGAGAACAGAAAGGAGAUGGAGGACUGGAUCAGCUCACUGAAGUCUGUACAGACCAGAGAAUCUUAUGAGGUGGCCCAGUUCAAUGUGGAACAUUUCUCAGGGAUGCAUAACUGGUAUGCCUGCUCCCACGCCCGCCCCACCUUCUGUAACGUGUGCAGAGAGAGUCUUUCUGGAGUCACCUCCCAUGGCCUGUCCUGUGAAGUGUGUAAAUUUAAGGCUCACAAAAGAUGUGCUGUGAGGGCCAUGAACAACUGCAAGUGGACCACACUGGCCUCCAUCGGGAAGGACAUCAUAGAAGAUGAAGACGGAAUCGCUAUGCCUCACCAGUGGCUGGAAGGCAACCUGCCCGUGAGCGCCAAGUGUGCCGUGUGUGACAAGACGUGUGGCAGCGUGCUCCGUCUUCAGGAUUGGAGGUGUCUUUGGUGUAGAGCAAUGGUACACACUGCCUGCAAAGAUUCAUACCACCUUGUAUGUCCACUUGGCCAAUGUAAAGUCUCUAUCAUACCUCCAAUUGCACUAAACAGCACCGAUUCUGAUGGUUUCUGUAGAGCAACAUUUUCAUUCUGUGUUAGUCCUCUCUUGGUUUUUGUCAAUUCUAAGAGUGGGGAUAAUCAGGGAGUAAAGUUCCUUCGCCGUUUUAAACAGUUGCUAAAUCCGGCUCAGGUGUUUGAUUUAAUGAAUGGAGGUCCUCAUUUAGGUUUAAGAUUAUUUCAGAAGUUUGACAAUUUCCGGAUUCUUGUAUGUGGAGGAGAUGGAAGUGUAGGAUGGGUUUUGUCAGAAAUUGAUAAGCUCAACUUGAAUAAACAGUGUCAGCUGGGAGUAUUGCCUUUGGGUACGGGAAAUGACCUUGCUCGAGUGCUUGGCUGGGGAGCUUCAUACGAUGACGACACCCAACUUCCUCAGAUACUUGAGAAGCUGGAACGGGCCAGUACCAAAAUGUUGGACAGGUGGAGUAUAAUGACGUAUGAACUCAAAUUGCCACCAAAGGCUGCUCUACUUCCAGGACCUCCAGAAACAUCGGAAGAACUUUAUAUGACAAUUUAUGAAGACUCAGUUGCAAAUCAUCUUACGAAGAUCGUCAAUUCUGGUGAACAUGCAGUGGUCUUAUCAUCUACCAAGGUACUCUGUGAAACUAUAAGGGACUUCAUAGCCAAAAUAGAGAAGGCCUAUGACAAGACCUUGGAAAACACCGUGGUGGCCGAUACCCUGGCCAGUAAAUGUUCAUUCCUGAAUGAGAAGCUUGAGGAACUGCUGCAGGCCUUGCACACAGACUUCCAGGAGGCGCCUGCUGGCCCGGAUGUGAGCUCGGUCAUCGCGGAAGAGGACGUUGUGGAGUCCUCCAGUGAAGAAUCCUUGUGCGAAAGCAAGGAGCAGCUGGCGGAUGACGUCACGAAACCUUCCUCCCAGAAAUCUGGCAAACACAGGGAGAUAAUGCUGCGGGCAAACAGUUUAAAGAAAGCAGUGAGGCAAGUCAUUGAAGAAGCUGGAAAAGUUAUAGAAGAGCAGGCACCUCAGUCCUGUGAAGUGCUCAACCAGUCAUCUGAUUACGACAGUACAGAAACAGAUGAAUCUAAAGAAGAAUUAAGAGAUUAUGAUACAAAAGAGUUAGCUGUUAAAUCUGCAUGUCGGUCUCCAGAUGCCCGGACAAGUCGUGGCCCUUCCCAAGCUGAUUGUGUCUCCGGCCCAGCUGUGGCAGCCAGCAAAGAAAUUCUCCCUGUGCUCAACACCAGAAUCAUCUGCCCAGGUUUAAGGGCAGGACUGGCUGCCUCAAUUGCUGGGAGCUCUAUAAUCAACAAAAUGCUGCUAGCGAAUGUUGAUCCUUUCGGUGCGACGCCGUUUAUUGACCCAGAUUUAGAUUCACUAGAUGGAUAUUCAGAAAAAUGUGUCAUGAACAAUUACUUUGGGAUUGGAUUAGAUGCAAAAAUUUCAUUAGAAUUUAACAAUAAGAGAGAGGAACACCCUGAAAAAUGCAGGAGCCGAACUAAAAACUUGAUGUGGUACGGAGUCCUUGGCACCCGGGAGCUAUUGCAGAGAUCAUACAAGAAUUUAGAACAAAGGGUUCAGCUCGAGUGUGAUGGACAGUACAUUCCACUCCCCAGCUUGCAAGGCAUAGCGGUGUUGAACAUCCCCAGCUAUGCCGGAGGCACCAACUUCUGGGGCGGAACCAAAGAGGAUGAUAUAUUUGCUGCACCAUCAUUUGAUGACAAGAUCCUGGAAGUUGUGGCGAUAUUUGAUAGCAUGCAGAUGGCAGUCUCGAGGGUGAUUAAACUGCAGCAUCAUCGAAUAGCCCAGUGCCGCACUGUAAAAAUCACUAUUUUUGGCGAUGAAGGAGUCCCAGUGCAGGUGGAUGGUGAAGCUUGGGUUCAGCCUCCGGGGAUUAUCAAAAUUGUGCACAAAAACAGAGCUCAGAUGCUAACCAGGGACAGAGCCUUUGAAAGCACUCUAAAGUCUUGGGAAGAUAAACAGAAGUGUGAUUCUGGUAAACCAGUUCUUCGAACCCAUCUGUACAUCCAGCACGCCGUUGACUUGGCGACGGAAGAGGUGUCCCAGAUGCAGCUGUGUUCCCAGGCGGCCGAGGAGCUCAUUACAAGGAUAUGUGAUGCAGCCACAAUUCAUUGUCUUUUGGAGCAAGAACUGGCCCACGCUGUGAAUGCAUGCUCACAUGCACUGAAUAAGGCCAACCCAAGGUGCCCGGAGAGUCUUACCAGAGACACCGCAACUGAAAUAGCCAUCAAUGUGAAGGCACUGUAUAAUGAAACAGAAUCUUUGCUAGUUGGCAGAGUUCCUCUGCAGCUGGAGUCUCCACAUGAAGAGAGGGUGUCCAGUGCCCUACACUCUGUGGAGGUGGAGUUACAGAAACUAACCGAGAUCCCUUGGCUCUAUUAUAUUUUGCACCCAAAUGAGGAUGAGGAGCCCCCUAUGGAUUGUGCCAAAAGGAACAGUAGAAGCACGGUGUUCCGAAUAGUGCCGAAAUUUAAAAAGGAAAAGGUUCAGAAGCAGAAGGCCAGUUCACAGCCUGUUCAGAAAUGGGGCACAGAGGAAGUUGCUGCUUGGCUGGAUCUGCUCAAUUUGGGAGAGUACAAAGAAAUCUUCAUCCGCCAUGACAUCAGAGGGGCUGAACUUUUGCAUCUGGAAAGGCGAGAUCUUAAGGACCUGGGGAUACCGAAAGUGGGCCAUGUGAAGCGAAUUCUCCAGGGAAUUAAAGAGCUUGGCAGGAGCAUGCCUCAGGCUGAGGUGUAAACAUAUUGGUGCUAUUCCUUGGAAGUGAAGUCAUUGCUACAUAAUACAAAGUUCAUGGAAGCCACUGUCUGCUCUCAUAGUUUCCCGGUAGAUAAGUAAGCACCACUGAAGCACCUCCAUGGCUUGAUAUGUUGCUCUGGGUGACAAAUUUUGAUUUGAGGUAUUAGAAAAUAUUUUUGUGCCAAAACAUACAUUCCAUAAAGCCAUUUUCUUAUUGUGCAAAUCUGACACAUUCAAAUAUACUCACAAUUGUUAAAAAAAAAAAAAAAGGUAGGCUGAAUCUGAGAUGAGAUGAUUGCAUCCUCUAAUAGGCGGAGUGAAAUGUUUACUUUCCUCAGAUCUGGUCUGAUAAAAUGUUCUGGCUGAGCAACCGCAUGUAACAGUAUGUGGCUGAAACUUCUUAGGUCUCAUUUUGGAGGCACCGGCUUCUUCCUUCAAAUCAUUGCUUAGGAGACAAGAUGUAAAUUAAGUUGUGUUUGAAUGUUGGAUUGGUAUCAACUUGGUCGGGUUCCUAGCAUUCAGUGUUCAGAAGGGUAUGGUUAAAACCAUCAGAUGCUAUGAUGAAUGCAAAUCUUAAUGCACAGUGUUCCUACCUGAAUUGUCUUUCCUUUUCCCGCAUGUCACAUCUGAUAUUGUAACACUAUAAUAGCUUUGAUGUCAGUUUUAAUGGAAUUUAAUUUAUUACUACCCAAGAACCUUUUAAUUGGCUAAGGGCACUGCACUUUUCUGUUCUUUCACAUGGAAGUUUGCAUAAAUGUUUCCAUACCUGAGACUUUGUGAACAUGUGUCUGUGCUGUAGCCAACAAAUGAUACACGUCAUGCAAGUCACUUGUACUUUGGCCUAUCAUAAACAGCAGGUGUGCACAUCAAGAAAAUUCUCUGGAUAGUUCCAUAAAAUCACAUGCUCCAUUGCCUGACAAAACUUAUUGCCACUUUGCAAACCAAAAUUUUUACAUUGUGUUCCCAUUUUUUCCUUUCAACUUGAUAAUGAUCAGAUAUUCUGUUUGGAUUUCUAAUAUGACAGACUAUUGACAUCCAGGAAUCCUCCAAGGUUUCAACUGCAUUUUGUAUUUCAACUGCAAUUUGUAUAUUGAUUCAUCACUAGACUCAUUCACUUGCUACAGUGACUGCUGACAUACACUUCCCAAAUGAAGACAUUUAAUUUUUUUUCUUCAGGGCUUUACAUUAUUAUUAUUAUUGUCUCACUUAUAUCUUUUAUCCAAUCUAAUAGAUAUAAUUUUCCUUUGCAUAAACCACUAUAAGUCAGUGUAGCACAUCAGAAUUCAAUACUAUAAUGACCAAAUCUCUGAAAGCCAAAGGCAAACAUAUCAAAAGGUCACAAAAAUAUCCUCAAAUAGGCUUUCUUUAGCCACUAUGUACCAAAAAAUUGAUUGUAAUAUUUUAAAUGUUGUGUAUAAGAGAAUUAAACAGGGUACUGACCCACUGGUGACAAUUUUUGUAAAGUAGCCUGCUAGGUGCUCAGUAGAUAAAUAUAUACACACAUAUCUCUAUAUACACAUAUGUGUAUAUAUACACAUACAUACACAUAUAUGUUUAUAUGUAUAUACACACAUAUGUACAUAUAAUCUUGAGAUAUAGUUUCAUUGCUAUUUUCUAGACAAUUAUUUGCCCAAUGUUUAAAGAGAAAUGUUAAUAGGAAAGUAUUUAAAAUAAACUAUUGUCAGACAUAUAUAAUUUAAUUAUCUCAAAGGAGGUGAACUGUUUGAUACUUUAUUCUUAUUUAUAACUUGGUUAUUUAACUACUAGUCAACUCAAAAAAUUUGAAUAUCUUAAAAAUAAAUGAACCUGGUGAGUUCCUGGCCAUGUAUGUCUGACUAUAGGAGUGUAUUUUACCUAUACUGUGGGUGAGUAGAAAAUUUUCAAGUAGUUUAAAAGAGUAGUACACUGUUCAGUGAUUUUAAUUUGAUACACAUUUCUGAAAUCAAAGCUUACCUUUCCCAGUCCCUUUUAUUGUUCCCACCCUGCACAGUGUCCUGCCCCUCUCAGUGCUUUCCUGUGAUGUCCAGAUAGGAGGUGCCAGAUUCCCAGAACUCUGCUGAGUUCAUAGAUCCCUGUUCAGCUCUACACUUCCACCCCUCACAAAAAAUAAAUAAAUAAAUAAAUAAAUAAAUAAAUAAAUAAAUAAAAAGGCAGGGACCUUAGAAUAAAGAAUGUAUUAGUAUUAAAUUCUUAUUUGAUUUUCUGUCCUUCAUUAAAAUACUCCUUUGCAAUAGAAAAGAUUCUUAAACUACUGCAUCUUUUGAAUUUAAGAGAACAUGUAAGUGCUUGAAUUAUUUUUGGUGUUUGAUGAUCUUUUUAGUCUUGAAAGAGCUUUUAUAUGUGCUAUAAAAUCUUACUGGAAUCCUGAAUCAGAAUUUUCUUGCAAAUGGAUUUGGGAUGAGGGAAAUCCUUUAACAUGACAAUUUGGAUAAUUUUUGUCAUUGUUAAAUGAGAGCAGUUUUUUCUGGAAGCUUUGUCCAUGGAUGGCUGUGUAAGACUCAAAUGACUCACUGGCACCUGUUUGCCAGCAUGGUGCCCUCAGAAACCUCCUUAGCAUUACAGAGACCAGCUUCUCAUCAUAGGUAGGGGUUACCAAAAAAGAAAGAAACAAAGAAGCAAAGAAAGGAGCCACCAUGAGCUUCUGCCUGGGAUCAGAUCGGAUCACAGCUCCAGGCCUUGCUGUAGUCCAUGCAGAAGUCAAGGUGAGAAGCUCAGUCUACAGCUGGUUGCCAGCUGUCACUGUCACCUCUUCUCCCUGGCAGGCUCCCCAACACUUGGAAGAUCAGCAUGCAGUGGGACAUCACAGCCAAAAUCUUAAUUUCCAUUUCAUUUUCCAGAGAAAGAACUUUCUUUUCAAGAAGGAAAGGGAAAGCGUCAUGCUUUUGUAAAAUUUUGGAGUACUUGGUGUUUCUCUUCUGAUCUUUCUUCAUCCCUUUCUGAGAGUCCUGGUUCUUCAUUUUCCAUUUUCCCACAUGUGCAGUACAGUGAUGGUCGCUCAGAUUCUCAUUGCCAUCUACUGUCCUUUCCCUUCCUGAUCCUCACUAUAAAAUGACCCUUUUUAUCUCUCCCUACCAUAAGUACACGUUGUGGGUCAUUCAGCCAAGUGGUAGGAAGAAAACAAUGUCAAGAAAUGAAUUUUGUAAUUUGUAUUUAUGAAAAGAACUUGCUAAAUAAUCUAAGCAAAUUGAUGGACUGGGUGACGUGAGGACUGCGGUAUACACUACUGUGGCUAAAAAGGAGGCCUGUAAAUGUCGACAUGCAUGCUGUCCGACAGCUACAGGUGGCCGUUUCAGUUUCAGGCUAAUUUAAUUAGAGGUUCUGUUUCUGCAUUGCGGUAUCCACAUUUCACGUGCUUAGUAAAACGGCAGUGGACUGUACAGUUGUAAACAUUUCCAUCACCUCAAAAAUUCUGUUGAACAAUACUGGUUAUGUCAUUGCUGCUCAAAGUGUGGUCUUUGUGCCACACUUGUAGAAAUGCAGAAUUUCAGGUCCACUUUAGACCUACUGAAUCCGAAUCUUCCUUGUAACAAGACGCCUCUGAGGAUUAGUAUUGACUUACAUCCAUUAUUAUCCCUCUUAGAUUCUGGGACUCUGAGGUCUGAGGUCUUCAAGAGUUCCCCAGAAUAGCUUGCUCCUCCAUCUGGUAUUUCUUCUUUGUCGUCUGGCUAAUCCCAGAAGUGAACUGAAACUCAUUAAUUACUCUAAAUGAUUUUCCUUUUAAUUCCUUAUUCCUAAUUCUAGUUCUAGAUGAGCUCUGUCUAUCCAGUGGUUGUAUUUUGGUAGCUAAAGUGGAAUACAGGAAAUUGGCCAACCCACAUAGCUGGCCUCUCUCCAAUCCCUCACUUUACAACUCAGUCAGUAGCAGACCACAUUUGCUCAGUUGGUUGCUCAUGUGGCAUGUUCAUUUUUGCACAACUUAAGUCACAGGGAACAUUUUAGAAGAAUGUGUACUGAGAUAAGUAAAGACCAGGCCAGUCUCUUAUUACAACACGUUCGUUUUCAUUUUCUCUUAUCAGUAGAUUAUCCUGCUGACAUAGCUCAUGCUUGAAGACACAUAACAGUACACACACAUUCAGUGAAUCACUAGGUAUGCAAAAAAAAGAGGCAAGAACCAAAAUGAUUUCAAGUAAAAUGAAUGUUGCAUUUAAGGCCUCAAAGAAGGUAUGUUUUUUUAGAUUGAGGACUGCUUUUCUUACAUGAGCUUAUCUUGAUUUCUCACAUGGUUAAUAAUUCCUUAAAAUAGUACACUAAAACUAGCAUAUUAUAUUCUUGAUCCCAAAAGUACAAAUUAUCUAUUUCUAUAAGCAGGUUUUUUUUUUCCCAAUGAUUUGUCAGGAAUCCUUCACUUACUAAUUUUUAUGUUUACCAAAACUUAAUGGCCUAGAGCAUGUUUAUCCAGCUUUGAUGAAUAAAGAGGGCACACUGUAUUCUUCAUGGAAGUUAUCUUUAAGAGGAAUCAUGGAAAGAAAUAUUCAUGCAAACCUAUGACUUAGAAAAUGUUAGGGGUUCCCUAUGAAUACCACUUCACAGUAACUGGUCUUUUUUCUCUGACUGGGCAGACAACGUAGAGGAGUCUCAUGUUCUAUGGGAUAUGACUCUCUUAAGGAUGUAGCUGUUAAUUAAGCUGUAAAAACAAUACAUAUCUCAGGCUUGAGGUCUUGGAUCUCGCCUCGCCUCAUCUCCACUGCAAUGAAUGCACCCUACAUCUUUCAGUGUUAAGUUGGGUAAGACAGCGAUUUUAGAGUUUGAUAAUCCAAGGGGCAGUUUUAAAACUUAAAAUUCUUCAAAUCAGCUGGAAUGACAAGCGAGUUGUGAAAAUUCCUCCAGUAGUAGAAAGUGUGGGCCAUGGAAUAGUUUCCCCCUCGGUUCCCACAUUAUAAGGCUGCCAGACUUCUUGCUGUCCUUUCGCUGCCCCAGGCCAGUGCCUCGGGGCCUAGAGCUUUGUCUGCUUUGGCAGCCCCAACCAGUGUCACAGUCUCUGGUCAGAGCAGUCAUAGGAUGCCUUUGCCAUGGGAAGCAUUCCCAGGCACACAACUAGAUGUACAAGGGGAUGAUUAUUGGCUUCCAUAAUAUGCAAAGCAUUCAUUUUCAAAAUCUUUACUAUUCUAUUUUUUUAUCAAGUUUGUUUAGAGACAUUCAUGUUAAAAAUACUAUAAAGAUUUAUCAUAGAGAACAGAAAGAUCAAAGACAGCUGGACUGUACUUAUUUGUAUAAUGCUGUUAUUUUCAGGAAAAGAAGUUUAACAAAGUAAAAUUAUGUAUUUAAUUCAGUAGCAAUGUUUAAGAUAGACCCCUAUAUUAUGUUAUGUAAGUGAAUAUAUUAAUUCUUGUUAUGUAACUAAGGUAAUCUAUUUACAUUAUUUAUUUACGCUCUUCAUUUUUUUUGUACUUCCAAGUUUUAAUUGGAAAAAAUAAAAGCCAACCAUUAAAAUGUUUUUAAAAAUCCACAUAAAAUGGUUCAUUUUAGCUGCACAUUAUUCAAUUUAUAGAGAGUCUGCAUAUUUAAUAGCAACUGCAUUCCAAGAGUAAAAUAACCAAGCCUGAAAUAACCAGGAGUUACUGUGUAGAUGCGUUUAAGUAGAGGAGUUUAAUACUCGGUUGAUAAUGCCACUAAAGUAAACCAAUGCAGUUAGAUAAAUAAGCUAAAAAGGAAAGAGAAUAUGUUUGUGGCCCUUGAUGUUUGAUUGCACUAUGAUUUCCCUCAGCAUAGCUGUAUUCUGAGUCGUAAGCUGAUAGAUAGCUACAGGUUACUUACAGUUCUGGUAACUGGUAACUAGUGCUGUGACAGGUUUGGUAUUGAAACAUUCCUUGUUUUGUGAGUUAUAUAUGUAUAUUGAAGAUGACUAGUGAAUUGGAGUAAUAUAUUUAUGUACAGUUGGGAAAAUAUGGUAAUUAUUUUCAAAUCUGCAAGUAACUUGUACCAGAUUUUUUUUCUUCCUCUUAAGUGAGAUAAAAGUCUUACUUUUGUGUAAAAUGUCUAUUUAUACAACAGAUCUCUCCUUUUACUGGUGUUAUUAAUUUUCAUAUUAAAAUUUUUCUUAUCUUUUUAUACCAAGAUAAUUAUCAUGCUGGUUAUUCAAGCUGCCAAGAUGUAUCUUAGUUUGCAGGAUUUUUGGCAGACAAAAUAUUUAAUAAAACGUAAAUAUAAGCUUUGUAUAUUUUGUGGCUUUAGGGACAAGAAUUUUCUCUUUGACUUUCUCUAUGUGAGGCAGUGCUGUUACCAGCAAAGUCAACAAUAUACAGUAUUAUCUGUAAUCAUUAGAAGAAGGUUUGCACUGGUUGUAUAAAUCAGUGCAUUUAUUUAUUAUGUUGUUGUUUCAUCUUUAUAGAAAAUGCAUAUUCUAGCUCUUUUCCUUUUUACUGCUGUUGCUUAGAGUGUAAUAACUCUUGUUAAUGAUUUACUUACUUAAAUACUUGAAGUACUCAUUUCUGCCAAACAGAUGCCCAACUUUUUUCUUGUUAAAAAAAAUAGAUAUUCUUUACCAUUGUAGAUACCUGAAUAGUAAUGGGACUUUGUUAAAAAAUAACUUUCAUGUUUGAAAUACAUAUCCAAGCAUAAAGCCAAAAGGAAAUCACCAAUAUUAACAAUUCAUUAUAGCCAAAAGACUUAUUGUACAAUAUUUUGCCAAUCUAUAAUAAUCAUAAAGUUAUGACUUCUUUCUGUGGUGAAUUUCAGUUUCUAGUAUGCAAGAGAUCUCAGUGAUUAUACUGCCAAUGUGACAUUCAAAUGAGCAUUAAGAAUCUUGAAUACCCUAAAAUAAUCAGAUACCCUCUAGCAAUCACUCUUGGUUCCAAUUUGUAUAUUUUUAAUCUAUGUUUGCAAUUGAUUCUGGGCUGCUUUACAGAUAGUAACCAGGAUAGAAAAUGGUUUUGUUUCUGUUAAGUAAAUCAUCGAUGAGAUUAUAAUCAUUUUGCAUUAUUUCUAUUCAAAUGUCUUUCCAACUCCACGAUUCAAAAAACUAAAAAAUUAAAACAUAAUAUCAACAUAUGACACAAAGUACAAUCACAUUUUCGCAUUAAAAAAUAAAAAGCUGUUCCAAUUUAAUGUGAAGUAAUGUGUAUACCAAAGAAAUCAUUUUGAUAAGUCCUAAAUUCAAGUGUCUUAUUCUACUUUCCAGUGUAAGCAGUAAUGAAUUGUGAGUUGAGAAUAAUAAGAGAUUGAGAAUUAAUUUGCUAUAAUUUGAAAGAUAUAGCAUUUUAUAUUGAUUUUACUGUUUCACAAGCAAUUAUUGAGGUCAGGAAAUAUAUAAGAAACUAUAUGGAAAUUAUAGGAAAAAGGAAAUUGAGUUGCUAAUUUGGCAAAGAUUUGGGAACAAAUAGUUUGAAUAUAGAUUUCUUUCACCUUAUAUAGGAGCACAAGGCACAUGUGAGAGGUAUAGUGUGACACGCACAAUACCCCAAAACAAAAACAUCUCACCGUUGAAAUCUGAGAUUGUAUCUAGAUCUAUCAAAACGCUAGUGAAUUCAGUGAGCCCAUUCAGUUGAAAUUGAAAAAUCAGUUAAGAAAAUUUAGAUGACCUAAUCAAUCAAGACAUUUGGUAAACACAUGUGUUUACUACAAAGCAAUGUCUGUCCUUCAAAUGAAUAGUUCAUGUGGGGAGAACUAGUCAGAAGGGUUAGGUAGUUCCUCUAAGAACAUUGGUAGAUAUGGAUCAGACCAGAUUAUGUGGACCAGAGAUUUUUUAUGAAUUUCCUAAGUCUUGAAAUUUGUUAGCAAUAUUAGAUUUUCCUUUGAUUUGAAACCAAAAAAAUUUACAAUUUACAGUUUUAAUAAACAGCUGAAUUCUAAUAUUCUGGUGAUGGCAAAGCUGUUUUGGUUUAUUGGGUUUCAUAAUUAACUUUGGUACUAACUCAUUGUGCCCUUUCUACAAGUUCCCUGUUUUGGUGCCAUGAUCUCCCUCAUUAGAAAUAGCAUACAUUAUUAUGAGUUUUAAGUACUUGGUAAUUUUCUUUUUACAAAAGGAACUAUAUAAAUGUGAAUCACAAUUAAAUUUACCAUUUCUCUCCCACUGUCAUUUUAGACAUAAAGGUUUCCCAGACUAUAGAUAGCAUGAGAAUUCAAAAUUGAAAUUGAUAUCCCUUGAUGUUCAGUUUAAAAAUGAGCACAAAGAGAAAUCAGUACCAUCUGAACCACAGUAGGUCAUGGGUUUUUCAUCUAUCUACUACAAAUUCAUAGCAUUUAUUUUAGGAUAGUUUGAAAAGUUCUAAAAUCUUCAAAACUUCUGAGUAGUUUCAACUUUUUCUACACUCAGCCCACACAAUGUUUAUACAGUUGAGUGUGAGUGUGUGCAUUUUUAAAUGUCUUUUUUAAAUUAAGGCCUUAAUGUCUUUUCUUAGGUAAAUUCUUCAAAUAGGAAAAUGUCUUUUUAAAUAUCAGUGGUCAAAAACAUGGGUAUAGGACUCCCUUACCUUUUUUUCCCCAGUGAUGUUGCUUUCUGUGUCCUGUCAGUUCUGAAUGGCUUCUUUGAUCCAGAGCAUGGAUCACUGUGUUCUCUGGUCAUAGGAUGGUAUUCUGUCAUGCAAAGCUUCGUCAAAACUUCCCAAAAAGAAACUUAACAAGAGGGUGUCUUAGUGAUGGCUAUCAUAGAUAUCUAACUACAAUUAAGGGAAAUAAAAGAGAAAUUAGAAUAACCUAGUUAAAAUAAUCAGUUACGUGUAAGGAUGACUUUAUUUUUACAUGACAUUUUAAUUCUGUCACAGUCUUACUCUUUCCCUGAAGCUUUCUUUGCUAACUCUGGUAUUUAUAAUUGCAUAAUUUGAUAAUUUGGAGCUCCUGUUGCAUAUCCUAUGGAAUUAUAAGAGGGGAUAAGUUGGGGGACAUGAGAGAACAGACUAAAUUAGAAUUCACCAGCAUGGCAUUUUGAUCUGUCUUAAUGACACAAUUUUCAUAAUGACAGAUCUCUGAUUAUUCCAGAAUGAUUUGGUACAAUGACUAGAAGAAUUCCUUUUCUGGGAAUUUGCUUCCCACAAUGCCCUGAUAUGCAGAUGGCCUUAGUAUAAUUGAAAUUAAUUAUAAUUUUAAUUAGAACCUGCCCUGUUUACAGAUUUCAAUUGUAGCACAAUGACAAUGUGAUGAGGGUGAGAAAGCUGCAAACCUGACCAGUCCUUUUGUGUCCGCUCCUCCUUUUUCUUGAGACGCUUUCAGAUGAUAUAAUUUAUACAACUACAUUAUGUAAAUUAUGUUCUUCUGCCAGGAAACUUAUAUGCUUGAUCCUAAUCUUGGUUUUAGAUUAUACAAGUGAAAGCAUUUUAUAUAUGUGCAUAAAUAGUUAUAGUUUUUAAGCAUUUGUAUACUUUUCUGACCAUCUCAAAAAUUGAAUUGGCAUUUUAUAUUUUCUAAUUAGCUGCAAAAAAGUCAUAAUUCUAUUGCCUUGUUCAAGGCAUCCAUCAGUUAAAAAAAUCAUUUUUUUCGUUGUGCUUUUAUCACAGUUUUUCAGCAACCAGCUUUCCUACUCUCAUUCUCUCCAACAACAGUGGUCUUUCCACAACACAAAUGUGCUUUGUCAUUUCCUUUCUAAAAAUUCUUAAGUAGAUUCUCCUUUCUUGGCAGCACAGCAACAUAACUCUUAGCAGGAUGGGUAACAAUCUCUAUGACCUCACCUCUUCCCACUUUUGUAGCAUCACUCUCUUGACUUUUUGUAAUCCAGGAUUUUGGAACUAGUCAGGAGUUAGUGCCUUGUCAUAAUCACCCAUCUUCAAGAUUUGAUUUAGAUGUGUCUUUCUGUGAAGCACCACCUGACUUCUCUGGGCAGGUAGGUAGUUCAUCCAUGCUCCAUAAUGUCUUGAAUUUUCUUCUUUAAAAAUAACAUUACAUUUUUAUACAUGCACAUACACAUAUACUUCAAGAAGUUUGUGGAAAAUGGAAUUAAAAGAUGUAUGUUUUGGUAUAAAAAUUUUUGAAAUUCAUGCAUUUUUUAUAAUACACAUUUUCCAUGAACUUUUUGAACCCUUCAUGUCUAGCUAGAAAUCAUAGGGCUUUGAUGAAUGAUUUUGAAUGAAGGUAAUAUUAAACCCAAACCUCUGUAUUUUUAUACUUUCACAAGUAAAAACUUAGGAUUUCCUAAAAGUCCACUUGAGGUGAGUGUGUGUUCAGGAGCAUGGAUGCAGCCUGGACAAAGCAAUGGAAGAAAAACAGGGAAAAGCAGUUGUGUGGUGGGUAACCAUCGAUUAGCCGUGCAUCAGAAAGACUUCCCAAAUCCAAUUUCUUAUUUCUAAAAGUGAGACUGAGAGAAUUUUUACAUAACUGCCAAAAUAGGAGGACUUUUUUUUUUUUUUUACAAAAUAUUUUUCUCAGGUUAUUUAAUGUCAGGAAUCUCUUUCCACUCCCUACCCCCAAAUUCACGCAAGUUAGUGUCAUAAAGAAGUAACCACAUCAUUAUAUCUCCAGUCUGUAUGUCAGCCACAAAUAGUAUUGGCUAUCUCUUGUCUUGUGAAGUACCUGUUUCAUCAAUCCUACAGAACCCCUUUUCCACAACCACAUGUGCUGUGCACCAGCCAAGUGACUGAUAGAUGUAGAGUGAGAGUCCAAUUUAAAGUUCAUUGUAGAAAGGCCUGCAUCCCCACUAAUGAUACAUACACCAAAAUUACACCAAAAUAUGUUAGAGGUAUGCAUUGCAAACUCACAGGACAGUAGGAAGUUUAUAAAGUAAUGUUUUCUGGCAGACUUUAAAGGCUCCAAUUGAAGUUACAGCUUGCUGUUUUUACAGUUAUUUUUAAUGAGGAGUAGGGAGUGAUAGUGUUUAACAGCUAGCAUCCUGAUCCAAGCAUAUAGUAAAUAUACUAGUAGCACUUGAGGGCUACAAGGCACUGAUACCUAGAUGAAGCGAAACAAAAUAUAUUUGGAUUAUAAAAUAAUAACUUAUCUUAAAACAUAUUGAUAGUUAGAAAUUGGGUUCCUUUAUGGGAUAGAAAAAAACCUAUCUUUAUUGUCCAGGAUGUUUGGAAUAAGCCUCCCUUGUAGGACUACUCACAUUGUGAGAGGCAUAUUUUGAAGUUAGUUUCGUAUCAGUAUAAAGUAUCAACCAUUUCUGUGUUCUCUAGCAGAAGAAAAUUGGAAGUUUGAUACAACUUCAGUCUUGUUCAGCUUUGUUAAGGAUCCACAAAAGAAGGAAGCUCAGAAAGCCAGACAUCUAACCCCUUAGAUUCAGCACAUUCAGUUUUCCUCCAAUAAAGAGACUCGAAAAUCAUUUUCCUCAUUUAUCACCCUGAUGAAAAUAAGAGUAGGGUUCCUUUUGUCCCUUACAUUGCAAAAGAUAAUUGUAAUUUAGCCUUGCCGUAUUAUUUAUAGUUAAGAAUUUACUACAUUUUGGUAGUCUGUUGAAGCUAAGUACUUGUAUCUGAAAGAUGCAGAUAAUGUCUAUUUAUUUAUUACACAGCAGUGGGCUCUGUUUGCUGCAGAAAAGAGUGAAACUUUUAACUGCUUAGCACACUCACCAGUGAAACAUACCUGACAGAGCAGAGGUUCUAACUUUGGCUCUAAUUAAUUUUAAUAAUGGUAAGACAACGUGAGUUUUGUUUGUUUACAUGCUGUUUACAAUGGCAUAAUUUUUAAGAUAUAUACAACAAUUGAGAUAUUUAUUGCAUACUAUUUUAAAAAUGUUUUAUGUGUUUUCACCUUUGGAAUAUAUUGUUACAUUUCCUUGUACAGAUAAUUUGGGUGGCUUUGUUAAUGUAGCUAGAAAUUUUUAUGACUACUAAGUGACCAGUUUUUGGUGCCUUUUAUUGUGGAGUGCAUGAUUAUGUAUUUAUUGUACAGAAGUCACUGAUGUGUGUAUUUUUGUACUUUGCUGAGAGUAAUGGUUGAUCUUGAUGUCCAUGAUAAUGAGAGAUGUCUUUCCCAAAGGGCACUACCUUGAGAUAGUUCUUCUCAAAUAAAAAGAAUGCAUUUGAAAGA